GAGCUCGUGGACAAGACCUGCGCUUCGAAGGCAGCUGGCCCCGCACCUGGAGGCCAAGCAGCGCCCAAAACGCCACCAAGGCCUCCCCUCAAGAGAAAGAGGCAAGAUGGCCCCAAGCCUCGCAGCGACCCGCCGGACACAGGGGCGGCCGCGGAACCAGCCACGUCCUCUGCGGAGGCACGGCCUGCCGACGGACCUGGAGCCACGACUCCACCUAGGGCACGGCCGGGCGAAGGCAAGAAGAGAAAGAAGAAGGAGACGAGCCGAGGCACCCGAACGGCCAGCCUCAAGAGCCUGCUGCAGAUACCACCGGCUGCCGGCGCUCUACCUGACUACCAGCCCUUGGCCCGGGGACCUCGUGAGUACGGAACCUGGCUGGAGAUACCCUCGGACACCUUCGAGGAGCGGCCCUGGGCCCUUGUGCUCUUUAGCGGCAGGCGCCGCAAGGGGGACCUCCCCAACUGGCUCGUUCACUUUGGGUUCAUGGUCUGCUGUAUUGACCUGGUGGCCGACCACCCUUGCAACGCCCUGGACGAGGCACAAUGGACACCCCUAGAGAAGGAUGUCAACGAUGGUCACUUUGAGGUGGUUUGGGCCGGCACGGUUUGUGGCACGUUCAGCCCGCACGCGAAAGAGGCCAACGUCCUCGUUGAGCGCACCUUCGACAUUCUGUCAUUGACGUGGGACGAGCGCAAGACCUGGGGCCUGGAGAACCCCGUCCAUGGCAGCGACAGGCCCGAGCUUUGGCAGAUGCCACUCGUUCGCCAGCUGUCCCAGCUCGACAGGACAGCCGAGGCAGUGUUCGACCAAUGUCGGUUCGGCCUUGCCACUGUUAAGCCCACCAAGGUCCUCUACAGUGCGCACGCCAAGGGGUUGGAGGAGGUUCGCGGGCUCCGCUGCGACCAUCCUCGCGGCACUCAUGGCACAGUUGCCGGCCAGAGGGAGCAGGGAGCAUCCGGCGCGCAGUGGGCUUCGAAGGGCCAGGGCCAGUACACGCCGCAUUUUGCGCAGGUCGAGGAGCUGAUCGCCUUCCCGAAGGACAAGACGGACCGCGAGCGGGAGAACGCCGAGGCGCUGGGCGGCAUGCGCAACCCGCGCGCUGCACUCAGCCGGCUCCCGAGGUCACGCCGGGUGCGCAGGGCUAUCCACAAGCUCCUGCGCCACACCUUGGCGAAGUGGCCAGAGCUCGUCGAGCCAGCCCGGGCUAUCCUUCGAGGAGAGGAGCCGAGCGACUUCGACACGGCCACCGUCGACUCGUCCGCCGUCCACACCGUCCUGGGCAGGAGCGACAAAGUGAAAGCCAGGAGGAGGACCGCUCCCGCCGAGACCCCGCUCAGGGCGGACAGUAAAGAGUCCUGGAACCUGGCCACCGAGGACCCAGACGCGGCCACCCUCGCCAACUGGUUGGACAACGGCGCACCCCUAGGGAUCUCCCAGGCGAUUCCCAGCCGAGGAGUGUUCCCAAAGGUCAGCUCCCACAACGUCACGCCACACUCCCAGCUGGACGCCCGAACCCUGGAAGGAUGGUCGAACUAUCAGUCAGCUGAGGAAGAAGCGGAGACCCUAGAGGAGCUGAUCAGCGACUACGUGGCCCGCGGCUUCUGCCAGAUUGCAUAUUCCCAGCAAGAGGCAGAGGAGGUUUUGGGUGGAAAGCCGGUCCUCAACAAGCUGGGCGUUCUGGUGAAGGAGAAGCGAGAUGCCCACGGCAAGGUGGUGAAGAAGGCAAGGGUCAUUUGGGACCUCCGGGAGUCCUCUGUCAACAAGGCCUGCCACCAAGGGGAGAGGAUUAUACUCCCACGCCUUUGGGAUGUCGUCGCCUCGGCGCUGGCUUCCUAUCGGCGAGGCCGACCCCCCUACCUCGCAGGCGUUGACAUCAAGGACGCCUUCAUGAACAUACCUGCGGGGGCAGACCGACGCUUCACCGUCGCAGCCGUCCCGGGUUCGAGGAACCGGCCUGGCAAGAGACACCGCCUCAUCAUCUUCAACACCUUGGUGUUUGGUUCGGCCUCUUCGCCCACCAUCUGGGGCAGGGCCGCCGCAUGGCUUGGGCGCACGUCCGCCGCGGUUUCCCCAGCCGAUCUGCAAUGCUACGUGGACGACCCCAUCUAUGUCCUGGAGGGUCCUUCUGCAGAGGCAGCGGCCGGAGACCUGUCGGUGAUCCUCCUUUGGACGGCUGUCUGCGGCUACCCCAUCAAACUGUCGAAGGCCACGGGGGGCAAGGAGCUCGAAUGGGUCGGUGCAAAGAUAAGGUGCCUGGACGCUGAGGAGGCGGUUGUGGUUACCCUGCCGGAGGCCAAGAUACAGGCCCUCCUCGCGGACACCAACAGGUUUCUUUCAAAGCCGGUGGCAGGAGCUCGGGAGCUCAGGUCCUACACGGGAGCGCUCUCGUUCGUGGCGGGGCUGGUCCCGCAUUUGAGGCCAUUCCUGGCUUCGUUCUGGUCGGUUCUGUCGAGGCAUGCUGUGACAAGUGAAGGCCUCCCCGUGAAGGAGGCCCGAAAGCUCAUACACGUCCGACGGAUCAGACCAGCGCUGCGCUGGGUUAGGGCCCUUUUGUCUGGCGGCCCCACCAUCGAGAAGAUCUUCUACGCCCGCCCGCCGAGAACCGACUUGGAGAUCGUCACAGACGCUUCCCCCUGGGGCAUCGGAGGAGUGAGGCGGCAUUCGGGAAAGCCGACGGGCUAUUUCUACAGCCACCUCCCGGACGGUGUCCUCAAGAAGUUCGGGGCAGAGCGCGGCCUCCCGAAACACAACACCUUGUGGGAGGGCCUUGCGCUACUGGUGGCGUUUAGGCUGUGGCUGCCUGCGCUCGUUCAUGGCGCCCUCUUUCGGGCGAAGUCCGACAACCUCGGCUUCCUGAAGGCCUUGGCCAAAGGGAGCGCGAAAGCUCCCGACCUCAACGUCCUGGCCCGCGAGUUCGCCUACGACCAAGCAGUCA